AUGCAAUUGAUUGGAGAAUUUUAAAAUAAAUGCAUUUCAUUAACAUAAGAAAGUGUUACCUCUUUAAGAAAAAUUAUGAUUAAAUUUCUAUUCUUAGAAUUAGCUGAUAAUACGAGUCUACCUGCUUAAACAAAUAAAUUAUUGGAUCCAGAACUAAAGGAUUAUCUUGUUGGUCUCAUCCCAGCUGAUCAUCCAAAAAAUACUAGAUUUUCUAAUAUUUUUUCAUAGGCUCUUAAAUAAUUUGAAACCUUAGCUGAAGAAGAUAUCGAAAGUGAGAGUAAUGAAGAGUCUUCUUCAAACAACAGUAACAAUAAUUAUUCAAAAGAUAAAUUAAAAAAGACUCAUUAAUAUAAAAAUAAAAAAGAAGUUGAAGCUAUUACAAAUAGUACAAAUGAUCAAACAAAAAAUAAAGAUAGAGGAAAAAAAAAGAAGAAGAAAUGGAGAAAGAAAGAGAAAAAUUAAAAGAGAGAGAGAGAGAAAGAGAGAAAGAGCAAUAGUCCAAGAGAAAGUGACAAUUUAAGUUAUAGCAGAAAUAACAGCAAAAGCUUAAAUGUAAUUCUAGAUGCUUAAUUAUUUUUAUAUUUGAAUAUUUUAACAUUAUAAUUUUGUUGUAUUUAAUUAUUUAUUGCCUAAGGUGUUUAAAAUUGUCUAAUCAAUGUCUUGA